AUGCACUCAAACGAAGAGAUCAGCCCCGAAUUCAUGGAGGACCUCCGUGUCUCCGGAUACUCCGCUCUCCUGCCCCCGCAGAUCAUCCAGGAGGAGCACCCAAUGUCGAAAGUUUCCCGCAAGGUCGUCUCGCUCGCCCGUCAACAGGCCGCCAAGAUCCUCCGGGGAGAGGAUGACCGCCUCAUCGUCAUCGUCGGCCCAUGCUCGAUCCACGACCCCAAGGCCGCACUCGAAUACGCCCAGCUCCUCAAACCCGUCGCGGACGAGCUCUCGUCGGAACUGUUGAUCAUCAUGCGCGCCUACUUUGAAAAGCCCCGAACCACUGUUGGCUGGAAGGGACUCAUCAACGACCCCGACAUCAACGACACCUUCCAGAUCAACAAGGGUCUCCGUCUCGCUCGCUCGCUCCUCUGUGAUCUGACGAAUAUGGGCGUCCCCGUCGGCUGUGAGCUUCUCGAUACCAUCUCCCCACAGUUCCUCGCAGAUUUGAUCUCCUGGGGCGCCAUCGGUGCCCGGACCACGGAAUCGCAAUUGCAUCGUGAAUUGGCCUCGGGUGUUUCCUUCCCCCUGGGAUUCAAGAACGGAACUGACGGGAACAUCACGAUCGCGGUCGAUGCCAUCCGCGCCGCCGCAAAGCCCCAUCACUUCUUGGGCGUCACCAAGCAGGGUCUCGCCGCCAUCACCAACACGAAGGGUAACGAGCUCUGCCACCUGAUCCUCCGUGGUGGAAACGGUGGUCCCAAUUACGAAAAGGAGCAUAUCGAGAAGGUCAAGACUGGUUUGGCCAAGGCCAAAUUACCUGAGGUCAUCAUGGUCGAUUGUUCCCAUGGUAACUCAAGAAAGCAGCACAGGAACCAGACUCUCGUCUCUGCUGAUUUGGCUAACCAGAUCCGCGCGGGCGACAAGUCGAUCGUCGGAUUGAUGAUCGAGUCGAAUUUGGUUGAGGGACGUCAGGAUGUGGGCCCUCAGGGAAGGGAAGGGUUGGUCUACGGACAGAGCAUCACCGAUGCCUGUGUCUCCUGGGAUGACACCGUCAAGAUGCUGCAGGAUCUUGCGGACGCCGUUCGUGUAAGACGCGGUUAA